CGUGUUUGCUGAUUGAUUAAAACGAACGAGUUGAAGAUUGAAACUAGUACCCUUGACAAGGGGGUAAGCUGUGAAGAUUUCAGUUUAUUCUAAAACUGCCUCGUUGGGAGCUCGCAGUAAUUAACAGAAACUGUGCCGCGGAAAGGCCAUAUAAGAGACAUGAGCAGUAUAGUUCGUCAGAUUGCUCUAAGCACCAAUACCAGCACCCCAUACUUUCUGCGAGUGGACUGGGCCCUAGAUCUAGGCGCUGGCUUCACAAUCGCUCUCACUGAUGGCAGCUCAGCAUGGAUUGGAGAAGUUUCAGAGGACGAGGUGACAAAGGAAGCCAGUGACAUGGGAGUUACAAGGGAGAGAUAUGUUGAGGAUCUUCUUCAAGCUCUAACUAAAUGUGAAGAGGGAAGAGAUGACAAAGAAGAGUUUUCGUUCCACCUCUCUCCAGAUCACCACCACCUCUCAUAUCAAAAGAUCUGUAAAGACAUUUUGGUGCAGUUGGGCUCUGUGGCGCUCCAGCCAGCUCCGGACCCUGUCGAACUCACCCGGCAGAUGAUUGGCCAGUCGCUGCAACGCAAUCAAGACCUGGACAGAGAAAAUUGCCGAUUGUUGGAGAAGAAUCGUAGACUGAGACAGGAUCAGCAGCUAAUACUGACAGAGCUGGAGCAGCAAGUUCACGAUAAACAGAUGUUAGAAAGGGAACUGUACUCCCGGUUUGUCAUGGUACUGAAUGAAAAGAAGGCAAAGAUCAGAGACCUACAGGAUGCUGUCCUCCAGCUCCGCCGAGCCGAAGACCAACAGAUGGAGGAGGAGAGGGAACCAAGUGACAAUGACACAACUCAGAGUGAUGAUGGCAGUCAGGAUAGAAGAGAGCAGGAAGUUCAGAGCAUCCGUCCGUCUCAGGAGCCGACUAUCCUCAUCACAGGACGUGAUUUGGUGCCACAGGGCAUCUCUAUUGACCGGACUUUUUCUGACAGUGAAGAAGAACAGCCGAGACGGAAGCGUAGGUGGCUUCACACUCCGAGCACAGACUCCUUUUAGCAAAGAUAAAAUCACAGAAUAGACAAAGUGACAAGUUAUCUUUGGCUGGUCAAGUUUACAGCACUAUGCACAACCAAAACAACAGCAGCCAAGCAACAGUGUCCCAGAGGUGCCCCUAUUUUCCCAUGUCCUGGAGGAAGCCGGACUGUGUUACUACCAUGCCAUCUGCUUUAAAUGUGACAAUUACCUGUCACAGCUUUCAUUGGAAUCUUGGCUUUCGUCUUCAAUAAAUCAAAAUUUAAACAAUUAAUAAUGCCAUCUUUUCCCAAACUCUCCUGAGUGCAACCACCUGUCUGUUCUCAUGUAAAGAUCCAUAAAUGACACUUUGAAUUUUCUGCUCCUUCCUCAAGUUUUCGCUUUUGUUGCUGCCAAAACCUUGUGUUGUGUUAGACAAUCUGGACCAGGAGUAUUAACGUCAUUUCUGGAGUGAUUAAUUUGAGCUUAACUUGAAGUGAGCUUCUGUUGCCAAGCCACUCAGAUUCGGCUCAGUGUGAGACCCAUGAAAGCAUAACAACUACUGAAGGACAACUUGCUACACCCAGAAAACAGGGUGUCACCAACAAGAAGCUGAAUCUGCUUUGUUCCUGAUUACUCAUCAUGUCUUGCUGUUGUUUUCAUCCCUCUUUUCAUUCUGAAAUUAAACCACACCACAUCUUUAAUUCCCACUCUCUAAACUACAUCCUGCAGAAGAUAAUUUGAUCUUCCCUUUUUUUCUUGUUUUCUGCCCUUUUAUUCAGUGAACAUUCUGUGGUCAGAACUACCUGAUGGGUGUUUUCCAGUGAGUUAAUGGUGUGUUGAUUAUUACUGUCUUUGGUUUCUCUCUUUGUCUUUUACCUCUGCCACCAUGUUUAGGUUCCUGAGGUCACUGCAGUGUGUCUUCAUACUGAGACCACUGAACCAAUCGGUUCAGGGUCUUUAUCUGACCAUUCUGCCUUUAGCUUUUAGACCCUGUUGCAGUCUUUUGUGAUUUUGAUGAUACCUUUUUGUCUGCUGAGGACCACGGGUGGCCACUUGGAUAAUCCUCCUGCAACACGUUCUUGCUGGUUUAGUAAUCCCCACAGGAAUGUCACACUUUCCCCUCUAUGCACCCCAUCAAUAAGGUAUUUUACAAAGGGAACUAGAAGUGAAGGUCUAAGGCUAAUUUACAGAUGAGUGCAUGGGAUGCUGGUCGGACUUUUCGGUGGUUUUAGCCAAAAUUUUGCUUAGAUCAUGUAAAUCUGUUUGGUAUUAUUUUUCUUUAUUAAGAAUUGUGGUUAUUUACUAUGUUUUUUUAUAAUGUUCUAAAAACAAUUGUAAGUUUUACUCCAGAUAGUUAAAAAAUUGUGAUAUGUGAUUAAAAAAAAUAAAAAUAAAAAUAAUACACUACUGUUCAAAAGUUUGGGGUCACUUCCCUAUUAAAUCCCAUGACAACGUGAUCCCAAACUUUUGAACGGUAGUAUAUAUAUAUAUAUAUAUAUAUAUAUAUAUAUAUAUAUAUAUAUAUAUAGCGUUUGCUUUAUUCCCGGGUAUGUUAAUAGACCCCUCCCCCCACAGGUUUUUGUGUCAUUGAGCACCUAAUUACUCAAUCAAUGGUAUUAGUAGGCCUGCUGGUGUUCUAACAGCAAACACCAAACCAAAUAAAAACAUACGCCAUGUACAUACCGUAAAAUGUCAUUGUAACAUGUUUAAACUGGUUUAGUUUUAAUGAACCAAGUCUCAAACUAUUGUGUUGUGUUGGAGCUGAAUAAUUGCAGUGGUUCAUAAUUCUGCUUUUUGUUUCAGUGCUACCUUAAAUUAUAUUUUGA